CUAUUGUCUGAGAUUUAUCUUGAUAUGGCUGAACCAAUAAGUAAGACGGUUCAUACAAAGACAAUAGUUGCUUCUAUAGAUAUAGGAACAGCCUAUACUGGAUAUGCUUAUUCCUUCAAAACCAACCCAUACGACAUCACGGUGAGAAAAUGGACGACAGAUGGCAUUGUUUCACCUAAAGCGCCAUCUUCUGUCUUGCUAACACCGGAACUGAGUUUUGAUUCUUUUGGAUAUGAAGCGGAAAAGAAAUUCUCCGAUUUAUUCGUGGAAAAGGAUCAUAAAGACUGGCAUUUCGUCCAAGGUUUCAAAAUGGCCCUUAAUGAAAAACAGAAAUUUGAUAUAAAUUUCCUGAAUAUAACUGAUAUCCAGAAUCACUUUGUCCCAGCUAGAGCUGUGUUUACUGGGGUGAUAGGUUAUCUAAAGAACGACCUUAUGGAGCAACUUACGAGUAAAGGUCAUGAACAUGAAGUGGAUAACAUUCAAUUUGUUGUCACUGUUCCUGCAAUAUGGAGUGACGCUGCAAAACAAGCAAUGGUGGAUUCUUCAGUGUGGGUAGGAAUCAAGAAGGAAAAUCUAACAAUAGCUUAUGAACCGGAAGUAGCAGCAGUGCACUGCCUGACAAUUCCAGCCAAUCAAGUCACCGUGAGAACAAAAGAAAACAUCGCCAUGAUGUUUCAGCCCGGGUGUUGUUUUCUUGUUUUGGAUCUCGGUGGUGGAAAAGCUGACAUUACGGUGCAGAAGGUAGAGAGGGACGGAAAAUUAAGUCAACUUUACGCUGCCUCUGGUGGAAGCUGGGGCGGAUCAUGUGUCAACAACUCGUUCUUUCAGGACCUCAAGAAAAAUCUAGGAGAUAGAGUAUAUCAGGAAUUUAUGAAGAAAAAUGUAGGAGAUUAUUUUCAUUUAAGGAACCAGUUUGAGAAAGCAAAACGGAACUUUAAAAACGAUCAAGAAAUGGUGAGUUUGCACCUUCCUUCAUCUUUAGAAAAGAUAACGGCAGAGAUUUGUGGUAAAAAUAUUGGAGAAAUUCUCAAAGAUUUGGACACAUGUAAGAGUUUGGCUUACAGCGAUGGAAAACUGAAAUAUACUGCAGAAUACUUCAAGACAUUCUUCUUUCAGACAAUUCAAUCAACCGUUGAUCAAAUCAGAAAGGUUUUAAAAAGCAGGAAAUGUAAUGAAGUAAAAUAUAUCCUCAUGAUUGGAGGAUUUUCAGAAUCAGAUAUUGUUAGGACCAGAAUAAAAGAAACGUUUCCGGGUGUUCAAGUAAUUAUGCCUGAAGACGCUGCACUUUCCGUCUUAAAAGGGGGUGUACUCUUUGGACAUGCGCCAGACACUGUACGGUUUCGAGUUUGUCCGCAGACGUAUGGAAUAUCUAUGCAUGAUUAUUUCAAUCCAAAUGUACAUGACUUCUCCAAAAGUUGCAAAGUUGGAAAUGUUCAAUUUGUUGUUGGAUGUUUCGAGAAAAUUUUUGAAAAAGAUGAAGUGAUAGAGGUCGGUCAGAAAAGAAAAAUUCGGGUUGCUGAGGACUUCACCGAACAACCCGAGAAUGCGAGAACACAAAAUAAAGAAAUUGAGAUGUACUCUUCAGUUGAAAAAGAUCCAAAAUUUGUCUCAGAUCCCGGAUGCAUGUUACAAAGCACUAUCGUUGUAUCGCCACCUGGUGGGAGAUGGCCAGAUGUUGUCAAGGGGAAAAUAACUUUUGAAGUGACAGUAACCGGAUUAAAGGUUUCCUUCAAAGAUAGAAAUACAAAAUGUUCCAGCGGUGGUGAAAUAAAAUUCACUGAACCAUCGUCGUCAGACAGCACAAGUCCGUUAAAUCGAUCCUUCAGGAAAGAUGUUUCGUAAUUAAAGUUUUGUUUUCAAAUUUCAACAGUAUUUUGAAUAAUUCACCCAACUUCUUGAUUAAGGUAUUCGAAAAGCAUUAGAAAACGUGACUUACGCCAUUUCGAUGUUUGUCGGAAUGUGUCGGAUAUCAAUGAUAAUAUUUAUAUAAACUCAGUAAUUAUAGCACAUACCUAUUAUUUGCAAUUUUAUUCAGUAUU